CUCAGAGCGUUCCGGCGGCAGCGGGUGUGGUGCAGUGCGAGCCCGCGGACGGCACAGACGAGGGUUCGAUCCCCCCUGCGCGGCGGAAAGCAGCCGGCUCCGGGUCCUUUUGGUCUUCGAGAGGCUCAAUCGCCCCCCUGCUCCAGCCAUGGUGAUGUUCAAGAAAGUGAAGACUUUCGUGAUGACCUUCAGUGAGCCAGAGAAGGUCUACAGCAGCGGGGAGAAGGUGGUGGGACGGAUACUGGUGGAGGUGGCUGAGGUGACCCGCGUCAACGCCGUCAAGGUGCUGGCCUGUGGGGUGGCCAGAGUCAACUGGACCAAGGGGCCUCAGCAGUGCAGGCAGGAGAUGGAGUACCUGCGCUUUGAGGAUGUCCUCACCUUGGAGGAGCAGCCCACUGAUGGGGACGGCUCUGUGAUCCUGAGACCUGGCAACAAAUACGAGUAUAAGUUCGGAUUUGAGCUUCCCCAGGGCCCCUUGGGCACCACUUUCAAGGGGAAGUACGGCUGCGUGGAUUACUGGGUGAAGGCUUUCCUGGAGCGCCCAUCCUUUCCCACUCAAGAGAUCAAGAAGCGCUUCGAGGUGAUGGACCCUGUCGAUGUGAACACUCCAGAACUGCUGUCUCCAGUUGCUGCCAAGAAGGAGAAGAAGGUGUCGUGUAUGUUCAUCCCCGACGGGCGCGUGUCGGUCAGCGCUCAGAUCGACAGGAAGGGCUUUUGUGAAGGCGACGACAUCUGCAUCAACGCUGACUUCGAGAACACGUGCUCACGCAUCGUGGUGCCCAAGGCAGCCAUCAUGGCCAAGCACACCUACCUGGCCAACGGGCAGACCAAGGUCUUCACCCAGAAGCUCUCCUGCGUCCGGGGCAACCACAUCAUCUCGGGCAUGUCCGAGUCCUGGCGAGGCAAAACCAUCCGUGUCAAGAAGCUCAAACCUUCUAUCUUGGGCUGCAACAUUCUGCGUGUGGAGUAUUUCCUGCAGAUCUAUGUCAGCGUCCCGGGCUCCAAGAAGAUCAUCCUGGAGCUGCCCCUGGUCAUCGGCAGCCGCUCGGGCAUUGGCAGCCGCAGCUCCAGCAUGGCCAGUCAGGCCAGCUCCGAGAUGAGCUGGGUGGAUUUGAACCUGCCCGAUGCUCCAGAAGCGCCUCCGUGUUACCUGGACAUUGUCCCUGAGGAUCAUCGCCUGGAGAGUCCCACCACACCGCUGCUGGACGACACCGACAGCUUCGACAGCCCCAUUUUCAUGUACGCACCCGAGUUCAAGUUUAUGCCACCACCCACCUACACUGAGGUGGAUCCCUGCAUCGCCAACAACAACGUGCAGUGAGUGGCGGGUGACUCUUCCUGCUUUUCCCGGACUGCGGUCCCAGCGCCCUGCCCCAGGCACUGGGCCUGGAGGAGGUGCUGCAGUGUCCUUCCGAGCCUGGGUGUUCCCUCGGGACCUCGCCUUACCGCCGGAAUCCUGCGGAAAAACCAAUCCCGGACUCCCAAGGUGCUUCCCUGGAAAUGAGGGAACCUCGAGGUGGAGUUUGCAGAACCAAGGGGGAGAAGAGGCAGGUCCAGCCCAAAGAGACUUGAUUCCAAAGCAAAACCAAGCCAAGGACACUGUCCAUAGGGAUAUUGCGCUGCCUCUGAUCCAGUUGGAUCCACCAUCCUCAGGGACCUUGGUUCUGUGCCGGGAUGUGCCAUGAAAAUAGUUCGUUGUUGCUCUUGAGCAUUGUCGCUGCUGCCCCAGUGGAGAGGCCACGAUGGGGAGAGACCUCCUGUGGAGGCUGAGUUGUUCCAGAGUGCUGGAACCAAACUCCUUCGGCUCUUCCUUGGGAAAAGGAAGAGCUCUGGAAUCUGGAAUGCCUCCAGUGUUGGGCAGCAAGUUCUUUUUGUACUGGUUUUGUAGUUAGUCGCGGGGGGGGUUGGGGGAGUGGGAAACGGGCUCUUUUGUACCACUGACACCGUGUGCCCCUGUGGGGUGACGUUUGUAAUAAAGACCUAGUGAGAUUA